AUGGAUAUGACGAGCAGAAGAAGGAGUGUGAACUUCUCGGAAGAAGAAAUUGCUGCACUGACUGCAUUUGUAGAAACCUACAAGCACAUUUUAGAAAAUGAGAAAACUGAUGCAGUCACAAUGAAAGAAAAGGAUGAUAUGUGGGAAAUAGUGGCAUCUGAAUGGACUGAAUGGGCAGAGUCUAGAUUCACUCCACGAACAGGAAAGAAGUUGAGGGAAAAAUGGAAGAACAUCAAAAAAGAUGUGAAAAUAAAAAUUCCAAUAAUUUUGCAAUAA